AGUCCAACGUCAAAGCCCAGGUGAAAGCGGUGUCUGGUGAGAGCCUGCUUCCUGAUCCGGAGACGGCCAUCUUGGCACUGCAUCCGCACGUGGACGAACGGGAGAAAGUUCCACUUGAACCCACGGGGCUCUGCUCUGUCUGUCUUUCGAGAACGUUCAGGCUUUGAGUGCCGGGAGUGAGCCCCGCCAGAUGGCAGCUUCCCCAGGCUGUCGUCUUACCCUCCAAGAAUCAUUUCAUGGAUUCACGUGCCACACUUAACCAUGCUGCCUUUUUCUAGGACCCGGUAAAGCCUUCUGACUCUUACUCUCCCUCAGAGCACAGACUAGACUUCAGGUAAAGCCAGCGCACAUGAGUUGUGGUUCACUUUGAGUGGCAAGACUGUGAUCAAGAUAAUAAGUUACAAUGGGGAACUCUGAGAGUCAGUACACCCUUCCAGGAUCUAAAAAUCAUAGCAGUUCUAACACUGGUGCUGAGCAAAAGCCUUGCUCCCUGAAAAUCCGCAGCGUUCAUGGGAGGGAUGACAAGUCCCUGCACGGAUGGGGUCACGGAGGCAGCGGAGCGGGUUACAAGUCCCGGUCCCUGGCCCGAAGCUGCCUUUCCCACUUUAAGAGCGCUCAGCCUUACGCAUCCAGAUUGGGCGGACCCACAUGCAAAGUCCCCAAAAGCGGCGCCUACCCCAAGCCCAGGACGAGCUGCUCGGGGAACGAGUUCCAGAGCGGCAGCGCGGCCUUCUCGGCGGAGAACGGCUUCCACGACGUGGGGCACGAGCGGGCGGCUGACCUCGCCGUCUCGAGGGACUGCAGGGGGCACCUUCUCCACUGCUACGGGAGGAACGAGAGCGCGGCAGCCACGCCGCCCGGGGAGGACCGCAGGAGCCCCCGGGUGCUCAUCAAGACGCUGGGGAAGCUGGACGGCUGUCUGCGGGUCGAGUUCCACAGCGGCGGCCAGCAGGGCAGGGGGCCCCGGGGGGACGCGGGCGGCCCGGUGCGGCUGCUGCGCUACUCGCCCACCUUGGGCCCCGGGCCCGACUCGCCCCCGGACUCGCGGCCGCGCUCCAGCAAGGGCAGCUCCCUGAGCUCCGAGUCCUCCUGGUACGACUCGCCCUGGGGCCCCGUGGGCGAGGCCAGCGAGGCCAGCGAGGCCGAGGGCUCCUUGCCCGUGCCCGGCACGCCCGCCCCCGGCCUCUGCGCCGCUGACUUCCCGCCGCCCGGGGCCCCCAAGCCGUUCAACCAAAGCUCGUCCCUGUCCUCGCUCCGGGAGCUCUACCCCGACCCCAGCCCGGCGCCCUCGGGCCUGCGGCUGUCCGACGAGUUCGUGGGCACACACGCCAGCCUCAGCCACCGCGUGUCCUUCGCCUCGGACAUGGACGUGCCGUCCCGGGUGGAGCGCAGGGACCCCGGCCCGUACUCGUCCUUCACGCUCCCCUGCCGCAAGUCCAAGGCCUUGACCGAGGACGCCUCCAAGAAGGACACGCUCAAAGCCCGCAUGCGCCGCAUCAGCGACUGGACGGGAAGCCUCUCCAGAAAGAAAAGGAAGCUGCAGGAGCCGAGGUCCAAGGAAGGCAGUGACUACUUUGACAGCCGCUCAGAUGGACUGAAUGCAGACGUGCAGGGGCCCUUCCAGAUGUCUGCUUCACUGUGGUCUGGGGGCUCUGCUCAGAUCCUGUCCCAGAGAAGCGAAUCUGCUCAUGCAAUUGGCAGCGAUUCCCUCCAACAGAACAUUUAUGAGAAUUUCAUGCGGGAGCUGGAAAUGAGCAGGACCAGCACAGAGCAUGUAGAAACGUCCACAGAAACCGCAGACUCCAGCAGUGGGUCCCUCAGCUCUUUGGAGCAACUUGAUCUGCUCUUUGAGAAGGAGCAAGGGGUGGUCCGAAAAGCUGGAUGGCUGUUCUUCAAACCCCUCGUCACUUUGCAGAAGGAAAAGAAGCUGGAGUUGGUGGCCCGGAGGAAGUGGAAACAGUACUGGGUAACACUGAAAGGUUGCACCCUGCUAUUCUAUGAGACCUAUGGGAAGAAUUCCAUGGACCAGAGCAGCGCCCCUCGGUGUGCACUGUUUGCAGAGGACAGCAUAGUGCAGUCAGUCCCAGAACACCCCAAGAAGGAAAAUGUGUUCUGCCUCAGCAACUCCUUUGGAGAUGUCUACCUUUUCCAGGCCUCUAGCCAGACAGAUCUUGAAAACUGGGUCACUGCCAUACAUUCAGCUUGUGCCUCCCUUUUUGCAAAGAAGCAUGGGAAAGAGGACACAAUUCGGCUUCUCAAGAACCAGACCAGAAACCUCAUUCAGAAGAUAGAUAUGGACAGCAAGAUGAAAAAGAUGGCAGAAUUGCAGUUGUCCAUCGUGAGCGACCCAAAGAACAGGAAAGCCAUAGAAAACCAGAUCCAGCAGUGGGAGCAGAACCUGGAAAAGUUUCACAUGGAUCUGUUUAGGAUGCGUUGCUAUCUGGCCAGCCUACAAGGCGGGGAGCUGCCAAACCCCAAGAGCCUCCUGGCCGCCGCCAGCCGCCCCUCCAAGCUGGCCCUCGGCAGGCUGGGCAUCUUGUCGGUUUCUUCUUUCCAUGCUCUGGUCUGUUCUAGAGAUGACUCUGCCAUCCGGAAGAGAACACUCUCACUGACCCAGCGAGGAAGGAACAAGAAGGGUCUAUUUUCUUCACUAAAAGGGCUGGACACGCUGGCGAGAAAAGGGAAGGAAAAAAGACCUUCUGUACCUCAGGUGGAUGAACUUCUGCAUAUAUACGGUUCAGCAGCCGAUGGUGUUCCCCGAGACAACACGUGGGAGGUCCAGACCUACGUUCAUUUUCAGGAUAAUCAAGGGGUUACUAUAAUGAUCAAGCCAGAACAUAGAGUAGAAGAUAUUUUGACUCUUGCAUGCAAGAUGAGGCAGCUGGAACCCAGCCACUACGGCCUGCAACUCCGAAAAUUAGUGGAUGAAAACAUGGAGUACUGUGUCCCUGCGCUGUAUGAAUUCAUGCAAGAACAGGUUUAUGAUGAAAUAGAAAUCUUCCCGCUGAACGUUUACGACGUGCAGCUCACGAAGAGCGGAAGCGUGUCUGACUUCGGGUUUGCAGUGACAGCGCAGGUGGACGAGCAUCAGCAUCUCAGCCGCAUACUGAUAAGCGACGUUCUCCCUGACGGCUUGGCAUAUGGAGAAGGGUUGAGAAAGGGCAAUGAAAUCAUGACCUUAAAUGGGGAAGCUGUGUCUGAUCUUGACCUGAAGCAGAUGGAGGCCUUGUUUUCCGAGCAGAGCGUCGGGCUCACUCUGAUUGCCCGGCCGCCAGAGACCAAAGGCACCUUGUGCUCGUCCUGGUCAGACAGUGACCUGUUCUCAAGGGACCAGAAGCAUCUGCUACCCCCUCCAAACCAGUCCCAGCUUCUGGAGGAGUUCCUGGACAACUUUAAAAAGAAUACAACCAAUGAUUUCAGCAACGUCCCUGAUGUCACCACUGGCCUGAAAAGGAGUCAGACCGAUGGCGCGCUGGCCCAGGUCCCCCACGGGGAGAAAACAGGGCAGACAUUCGGGAGUGCGGAACAGAUCGCCGCGCUGUGUAGGAGCUUCAGCGACGCGCAGAGUGACGGCAUGGAAGGGCCGAGGGGGACUCGGGACCCACCUCCGCGGCCGCUGGCUCGUCACCUCUCUGAUGCAGAUCGCCUCCGAAAAGUCAUCCAGGAGCUGAUGGACACGGAGAAGUCCUACGUGAAGGAUCUGAGCUGCCUCUUUGAAUUAUACUUGGAGCCACUUCAAAAUGAGACCUUUCUCACCCAAGAUGAGAUGGAGUCACUUUUUGGAAGUUUGCCCGAGAUGCUUGAAUUUCAAAAGGUGUUUCUGGAAACUCUGGAGGAUGGGAUUUCAGCGUCUUCAGACUUUAACAGCCUCGAGACUCCCUCACAGUUCAGAAAAUUGCUCUUUUCCCUUGGAGGCUCUUUCCUUUAUUACGCGGACCAUUUUAAACUCUACAGUGGAUUCUGUGCUAAUCAUAUUAAAGUACAGAAGGUUCUGGAGCGAGCUAAAACUGAUAAAGCCUUCAAGGCUUUUCUGGAUGCCCGGAACCCCACGAAGCAGCAUUCCUCCACCCUGGAGUCCUACCUCAUCAAGCCCGUGCAGAGGGUGCUCAAGUACCCUCUGCUGCUCAAGGAGCUCGUGUCGCUGACGGACCACGAGAGCGAGGAGCACUAUCACCUGACCGAAGCACUAAAGGCAAUGGAAAAAGUAGCGAGCCACAUCAAUGAGAUGCAAAAGAUCUACGAGGAUUAUGGGACCGUGUUUGACCAGCUAGUGGCAGAGCAGAGUGGAACAGAGAAGGAGGUAACGGAACUUUCCAUGGGAGAGCUUCUGAUGCACUCUGCAGUUUCCUGGUUGAAUCCAUUUCUGUCUCUAGGAAAAGCCAGAAAGGACCUUGAACUCACAGUGUUUGUUUUUAAGAGAGCUGUCAUACUGGUUUAUAAAGAAAACUGCAAACUGAAAAAGAAAUUGCCCUCGAAUUCCCGGCCUACACACAGCUCUGCCGACCUGGACCCAUUUAAAUUUCGCUGGUUGAUCCCCAUAUCCGCACUUCAAGUCAGACUGGGGAAUACAGCAGGGACAGAAAAUAAUUCCGUAUGGGAGCUGAUCCAUACGAAAUCAGAAAUAGAAGGACGGCCAGAAACCGUCUUCCAACUGUGCUGCAGUGACAGUGAAAGCAAAACCAACAUCGUCAAGGUGAUUCGCUCUAUUCUGAGGGAAAACUUCAGGCGUCACAUCAAGUGUGAAUUACCCCUGGAGAAGACCUGUAAGGACCGCCUGGUCCCCCUUAAGAACCGAGUUCCUGUUUCAGCCAAGUUAGCCUCCUCCAGGUCCUUAAAAGUCCUCAAGAAUUCCUCCAGCAGCGAGUGGCCCGGCGAGCCCGGCAAGGGCAGCGGCUCGCUGGACUCCGACGAGGGCAGCCUGAGCAGCGGCACGCAGAGCAGCGGAUGCCCCUUGGGCGGGAGCAGGCAGGAUUCCCUGCAGCAGCCCCAGCCGGGCCUGGCUGAUCUGUCGGACAGUCUCAUCAAAGAGAGUGACAUUCUGAGCGACGACGAGGACGACUGCCGUCAGACUCUCCAACAGGGCAGCCCUACCAAAGACAUUGAGAUUCAGUUCCAGAGACUGCGGAUCUCCGACGCCCCGGACGCCAGGCCAGCCGAGCGGCCCGGCACGGAGCGCCGGCCCGAGGGGGAGCAGCCCAAGCUGGUGCGGGGGCACUUCUGCGCCAUUAAACGGAAAGCCAACAGCACCAAACGGGACAGGGGAGCUUCGCUGAAGGCACAGAUUCGUCAUCAGUCCCUCGACAGCCAGUCUGAAAAUGCCAACCUUGAUCUCGGUUCUGUUCUGCAGCGGGAGUUCAGUGUCCAGAGUUUAACCUCAGUGGUCAACGAGGAGUGUUUUUAUGAAACAGAGGGCCACGGACAGUUGUAGUCCGGUCUCCGGCCAGACGUGGCCUCGGCUGCUUGUUUCACUUAAACUGGCGGCCAAUGGAAACUGCAAAAAAAACUACACAUCAUUGGGUUUUGUGCAGCAUACAUUUUCCCACAAAAUAGUUGUAAAGAUUUAAGUUAUUUUAAUUUAUUGUAGAUCAGAAAACUAGAUUAAACUGAUCAGAAUCUGUAA